ACUCGGCAAACGAUAGAUCAGUGUAGUCGCUUUUGUUCAGUGGUGAAGAGGUACACAGUAGUAAAACACUCGCACAUCACAUCUCAUUAUAUUUUUUAUACACAUAUCGCAUUAGCAGCGAUAAAAAAUAAAACUCCGAACUUUAACAAUCGACGCGCAUAAAAUGAUGAGGAAACUUGCAUUCGCGUGCCUGUUCUUGGUGGCAGCACAAACCGUCUAUGGACACCCGGCCGCCGAAGAAUCUCCUGCCGCCCCUGCCGCCGAUGAGGCAGCCGGUUUGGAAAAGGUGUACAAGGUAAUGCAGGAUUGCUCCGAGAAGAACAUGGCCACGUGCUUGAAAAUGCGAGCUUUGCAGUACGUUGACCGGGCGUUGCGCAAGACCGACAGCAUCGACGUAUUCGACGGUAUAUCGUUGGUGAAGUCCGAACCCGUCGAGUCCAGCCGGGGCUUGAACGGCCGAUCGCUCGCCGAAUCCGAACUCGAAGAAGGACAACCCAAAGACGAUGACGAGAAAGAUGCCCAAGUCGAGAACUUACUUUUGGAUCGCGUCGCCCGUUUCCUGGAGAGCCACACCCUUCAACUCAAGGUCCCGGAAUCGUCCAUCUCUGGCAUGAGGAGAUCCCUCGAUGAAGCCCGUGGCAAGAAGAAGAAGCACCAAAAGAUGUUGAUGCCACUCUUGAUGUUGUUGAAGAUGAAAGCCAUCGCCCUUGUCCCAUUGGCUAUCGGUGCUCUUGCUUUGUUGGCAUUCAAGGCUCUCGUCGUUGGUAAGAUCGCCCUCGUCUUGGCCGUUAUCAUCGGAAUCCAAAAGUUGUUGGCUAACAGCAAGAGUCAACAAUCGUAUGAAGUAGUGUCUCACCCACACUACACCGAGGAACACGGACACCACGGUGGAUACAGACGAUCCCUAGAAGGCGAAAGCGCUCAAGACAUGGCGUACCGUGGUCAACACUAAUGCCGCCAUCCCUCCAAACCAUCCCCUCUUAUAGCGUUCUCCCUGUAGUUAGUAUUACCCUCGCCCCUCUGCCAUCACCCAACGGGGCGAUAUUUAUUUGUAAAUAGUUCGAAAAAAAAAAUAUUCCCCCCUAGGAACAAAAUAAUUUAUUUUAAUAUUAUUUAUAUUUAUACACACAAACAUACAUCUGAUCGUAUUCUACCGUGCAAUUCACUUUUUAUUUCUUCAUCUCACCCUCACCAUUGAUAAUGUUAUAAUUGCCCGCCUACGUUUACAAAUCGUUUCUCUCGCGAACUUACAUAUGUAUAUAUUAUAUUAUUAUACUACACGUAUAAUAUAUACAAUUAUAUAUACAUAUAUAAGUCAAGGCGUCCGUACAUCGCGCCCGCCACGUGUAAUAUUAUUAUACGACAUCCGUACACUGGAGGCGACUAAACUAUACGACGGCGGUCAAUAACGGGUUCUGCUUAAUCACUUCGGGACAAUGAUCGAACACAACACAUAACAAAACGUUUUACUACCAUAUACACAACUAUAUAAUAAUAUACGAUUAUUAUUUACCCCGGGCGGUCGGUUAAAAAUACAGAAGUUAACCUAGUGACACACACAUACACACACACACAGGCGCGCGUGUGCGCACUAUAUGUGUGUUCAUGUGAGAGUGUGUUUGCCGCUCAUGUGGCGAUAUAGGUCGGCCGGAGGAGAGAAGAAGAAUUAUUACGAAAAAAAAAGAAAAACAACUAUUUCCAAAACUGGUUUUUCUCUAUAAAAUACGAAUAGAAAUUGUUAGUUAUCUAUUCUUUCUAUAUUAAUCACGAUCACCACUUCUACCGUCAUUAACGAUAACCACGAUUACACACCAGCUACAGCAUCGCGACUUUUGACCUUAUCUACGAGACGACACCAACCAAUGACUACAAGUACCUAUACGUUUAGGACUAGUAUUUACUUCUUCAUAUGUGUGCUAUAAUUAUUAUUAUACUCACAUACCCACACACAUACUCACUAAAAACUAGUACGAUGACUUACUCGGCUGCUGUGGCUCUUCCUGAUCGCACAUACCCGGACAUACCAAUAUAAAAACGACCGUUGGCCAAAGACUACUUUUCACUUUACCGGAAAUAUCGUUGAUCACAAACCAUAAUAUUUUAUUAUAUGAUUCAUUUUUGUUUUAUAUUGUUAUAUUGUGUCAUUUUUUUUAUACAAAUAAUUAUAUUAUACUUUUUGUGUGUACAUCGAAGACUCACCUAUUUAUUACGUACCUACUUAAAUAAAAUCGAUUUGUUUGUAAUAAAUCCAUUUCUUCUUUUUUCUAAACUCAAUUUGACUCACCUUGACUCGACUCGACUUGACUCUAUUUGACUUAACAAGACUUGACAUUACUUACUCGAAUGUGCCAUCGUCUAUCUCCUCUCAAAUAAUACAAUAAUCAUUGUUUUUGUUGUCCAACUGAAGAAAAAAGUACAUUAUAUCGGCUGUUAUUGAUUUAUGUAAUUCUUUAUUAUUAUUAUUUAUUUUUUUUAUUUAAUGAAAUAAAUUUAUUAAGAUUCA